GGUGUCUGCAUGUUCGUGACACCCUUCCCUUCUUUUCGUGUAUAAAAAGGGCGAGAGGUGGCGAAGGUGUUCAUGCGAAGCCUGUGAUCCCCAUUACAGACGCUGAAGCUGUGCUCCACCAUGAGAGAAACACUGAGGUACCUGUUGGGUGUUGCUGGCCCAAGUGGGUUUGGAUCCAGCUGCACUGGUGAGCAAGUCACACAGGAUACCUACUGCUCCAACCCUUCUAAUCUUACUGCAAUCAUCACUGGAGCGACAUCGGGCAUCGGCGCGGAAACGGCGAGAGUGUUGGCCAAACGAGGGCUGAGACUGGUGAUCCCGGCGAGGGAUCUGAAGAGAGCUGCUGAAGUCAAAGACUGGAUUCAAGGAGAGAGUCCAGAGGCAGAGAUCAUUCUGAUGGAGAUGGAUCUGAGCUCGUUUGCUUCCAUCAAUAGAUUCUGCUCCAUGUUCUUGUCUCUUGGAUUACCACUGAACAUUCUCGUAAACAAUGCCGGGAAAUACUGCAAGAAGUUGCAGCUCACAGAAGACAAAUUUGAGAUGACCUUCGCCACCAACUACUUGGGUCACUAUUUACUUACAGAGAACUUGUUGGAGAAGAUGAUUGAGACAUCAGCAAGAACAGGAAUCGAAGGACGGAUUGUUAACGUGUCAUCAGUGAUACAUACAUGGGUGAAACGAGGAAGAUUCAAGCUCUCCCACAUGCUCAAUCCCAAGGACUUCAAUGGCACGCAAGCUUAUGCGCAGUCCAAGCUGGCCAACAUAAUGCAUGCCAAGGAGCUGGCAAGAAGACUGCGAGGAAGAAAUGCAAUGGUGACUAUCAAUGCAGUGCAUCCAGGAGUAGUGAAGACUGGAAUCAUCAGGGAUCAUAAGGGCUUGAUCACAGAUUCGGUGUUCUUCCUGGCAUCAAGGCUACUGAAAUCGACAUCACAGGGAGCAUCCACCACUUGCUAUGUGGCUUUGAGCCCACAGCUGAUCGGCGUCUCCGGGAAGUACUUCGUGGACUGCAACGAGACUUCUUGCUCGAGUCUAGCGGGCAAUGAGUUCGAAGCUCGAACUCUGUGGCAGAAGACGCAUGCGUUAGUUCGUGAACAUGUCAGGCAAACGAGAAGAGCCAAAACUUAAUGUGUUAUAUCCGGAGAUCAGCAGUGACUUCUGUCAUGCUGUCUUCAUCUUUGUACGAGUAAAUAAACUCAUGUCAAC